UACCCAGAAAUGUUGCGGUGUGUGUCCUGUCGGGGUGUUGUCUGUAUUUUGCAGGAGAUUGCUCAGUUUUCGGGAGAGGAUUGGGACGCGUCGGUGGCGUGACCGGUUCUGACCGAGACGCGUCCUUGCCUGCCCUAAACUGGAACGUGGUGAUGGCGCGGUUUGUGGGCGCUGCUGUUCCUGUGCCAGUGGUUGAGUUGGAUUUCUGCUCUCUGUGUCCUCCGCAAUUACGCCCUCCGUUCUCUUGUUUGCACAGGAUAAUAUGCGACGACGGAGGGCCCCGGCCGUCAUUUCCCCGCUCUCUGCGUCCACGCCAGACUCAACCGCUCGCCGUCGAUCAUCUGUCGUCUCUCAAGAGCUAUCUCCCCGUACUCCCCCAAAUCGCGACUCCCCCUCGCCACUUUUUGGUUCCAUUGAAAAUAGACAUAGCGGCAGUGGCUGGAGCAGCUCAGCAUACGACGAAGCAGACGAUCCCGAAGUGGAAUGGACCACGGAGGAGGUGCUCCGGUUGUCAAGGACUCUGGACGCUCUUCCCGUGCAUUUGAUCACACCGUUCUGUGGUCCUGUCCCUCCUAGCAACCUGCUCGACAAACUUGCCCUCGCAGUCGUUCGGUCCAAAGGCGCUUUUAACUGGCCGCACUCAUUUCGCGCGACUCGAACAAAGAUAGCCGAGACCGCACGCCUCAAAGCCAAGAACAUGAUCAACGAUGGAGCUGGUGACACCAUUGCGGAAGAAGGCGGCAGCGACGUUGAUAUAUUGCAGCAAACUACCAACACUGGCCCAAGGAUGUCAUUGCGUAGGCAUCAAGGCACGAGCUUUGUGCAAAACGAUGUACGCGACCCGAAAGCCGACGAGGGGAUCUUGCGUCUAUCGGAUCGUCUGCAACGCACUGAGCGGUUUAUAACCAACCCACCUCCUCAUGCCCAUGCACCCGGGGCGGAUCGACCCCCCUCUCCGCCUUUCGACAUUGCUGGCCGAGACGCCUUCUUUCAUUCCACGCCGAGCUCUGAUACUCUUGAAUCUAUCGGCUCCGACUCUAAAGCACCGCGUCGUCUGCAAAGAUCUAUGUCAGACAUUUCACACCUACCUGGAUCUCUCAUUGCGCUCGAAGCUGACCGUCCGACGCGACUCAAACGCACAGAUUCUUUCGCUGCUCCUGUACUGCAUAGACGAUCUUUGAAGCGAGCGCCGUCCUAUGGCAUGGCGUCCAGGCGCAGCUCUGGUGCCAUGAGCCUGGGCGACAACGAGUCGGAAGACGAAGAAGAGAAGCUGCGGAGUGCCAAAGCUAAGAAGACGCGUGUGAAAGCUGCUACUACACCUCAGCUGUCUUCGCCCCAGGGAUCUCUUCAACAAGUUAUCGGAGAGCACGACGCUCGACAGUCUUCCGACAGGUCUUCCAUAUAUGCGACCUCUCGCCGCCCGGCCAAGCAGAGGGCGAACCUUCACCGCAAUCCGAGCAUACUGGGUCCCGAGUUACCUCGUCUUCAGGAUUCUCCAGUCACUCUACGCCGCUCUGCGCGCCUCUUGCAGUCUUCUCAAUGUUCGCAAGACGUUGAAUCCUCGCCGACGAAGGGCUUGAUUUCCCGCAUGUCUCGCAUUGCGACGACGUCUGCCGAUGAUAGUCCCGAACCCAGGACACCUCGUCGCCCCAAGGGUGGAAGGCUUCCUCUUCGCCCUUUCAGUCGCAGGAUCUCGUUUAGCCACCUCUCACCUGUUGCCGAGGAGCACCUUGCCGGUACCUAUCCCGACUUUAUGCCCACAUUGGGAAACGUAUCUCGCAGACUCUCGUUCAGCCCUGCUGCCGAAGAGAAUCGUACUGAGUGCUGCUCUGACGAUGUGGUCGGGCUGGGAAGUGCGAUCCAGCUGCAUUGAACUGGAGCUGGCUGGGCACAGCCCUGCACUGCUCGUCCUCGACGGCUGUCGACGUGUAAAUUUCCAAUUCGGACCUCAUGCUGUUAGAGCCUAUAUCGAUCACAAAUCUGUUCCAUGUACAUGUGCCAUCUGUUAUUCUUUGAUCACUCAUCACUCAUCAACAAGGAACUAACCGCGGACACUACCAUCUUUGGAUCCCAUUCUGAAUGUUCUC